GGCACUAGAGCUUCGACUGCACUGCUCCGAGCUCCGAGAGCUCCUAACGUUGUCGGUAGCGUUGAAGCGACUACCGGUUUUGGGCGAAAAAUUUUAAUGAGAUAAACGAAGGAGUGAACGAUCGCGGGGUAAUUCGUUGUUCAAUCAGUUUCAACAAACGGCCCGAAAAUACAGUCCACAAUGUGCCUCGCGAACAUAUCCGGCGUGCCGGAUAAACACUGGCAGCCACCGUUCGUUGUCCUCGAGACUUCGAUGGGUGAAAUGACCCUCGAGCUGUACUGGAAACAUGCCCCUAUCACGUGCAGAAAUUUCGCCGAGCUCACGCGGCGCGGGUAUUACAACGGCACCAAGUUUCACAGGGUCAUCCGCGACUUUAUGAUUCAAGGUGGAGAUCCCACUGGGACAGGGAAAGGUGGGGUGUCUAUAUAUGGAGAAUGUUUCGACGAUGAGAUACAUGAUGAUUUGAAACACACAGGUGCUGGAAUAUUAUCAAUGGCAAAUUCAGGGCCAGAUACAAAUGGAUCGCAGUUCUUCAUAACGCUCGCACCUACUCAGUGGCUCGAUGGAAAACAUUCUAUAUUUGGUAGAGUUCAUUCUGGCAUGGCAAUAGUAAAAAGAAUUGGACUAGUUGAGACGGAUAAGAACGAUCGACCGGUGGACGAUGUUAAAAUUGUGAAAGGUUCUGUGAAGAACGCGUGAGUGACUUUCUGGAUGAAAUCUUUUAUAAAAUCGUGCAAAUCACAAAAUUUUAAAAUAAGAUAAUUAAAUAAACUCUCCUUUUAUAUUUAUGCAUAUCUAUUUUUUCCAUUAUAUAAUUUAUAUGUCAUGAUUGUAAUAAUGAUGGAUACAAUCACAGUAUAGUUUUAAGACACCGAAAUAUUUGUUGUAACUUGCAAUCUCCGAUUGUGCUAUAAUCGAUAAUUUAUAUAAUUAUUUUAAAAGAUAAUUUAAUAUAAAAUAUUCUUCGCCAAGUA